AUGACUUAUCCACUUCGCCAGCUAUACUACGACGGCAAGCGUCAAAAUGCGACAUCACACAGCACCUUUGAGACGGUAGACCCGGCUACGGCUAAACCUGUAGGAGAGGUUCAAACUGCUUCCCAUGCCGACAUUGAUAAAGCUAUUGUCUCUGCACAAUCAGCUUUCCAAUCAUGGUCCACCACUCCCCCAAUCGAGAGGUCUCGUAUCCUGUUGAGGGCAGUUGCUCUUUUGCGUGAACGCAACGAUGAGAUUGCCAAAGUCGAGACCCACGACACAGGCAAGCCUUUCUCAGAGACCAGCACUGUAGAUGUCGUGACCGGAGCCGACGUCCUCGAAUACUAUGCCAACAUGGUUGCCUCUGGCGGUCUAAAUGGCGAAACCACACAACUCCGUCCUGACGCCUGGGUCUACACGACCAAGAACGCUCUGGGCGUCUGCGCAGGCAUUGGAGCCUGGAACUACCCCAUCCAAAUCGCCCUUUGGAAAUCCGCCCCUUGUCUAGCAGCAGGAAACUGCAUGGUGUACAAACCAUCAGAAUUCACCCCUCUGCACGCUCAAAUCCUGGCCGAAAUCUACACCGAAGCCGGUGUUCCCGCUGGUGUCUUUAACGUCGUCCAAGGAGCUGGAGAUGUAGGCGCUUACCUCACCGCUCACCCAUCCAUUGCAAAAGUCAGCUUCACAGGCCAAGUCAGCACCGGCAUGAAAGUAGCAGGCUCAGCAGCCGGAAACAUGAAAUACGUAACCAUGGAACUCGGCGGAAAAUCUCCUCUAAUCAUCCUUCCCGACUGCCCCGUGGAGAACGCAGUCGACGGAGCAAUGAUGGCAAACUUCUUCUCCACCGGCCAAGUCUGCACAAACGGCACCCGAGUCUUUGUUCCCAAAGCCAUGCUCCCAGCUUUCGAGGAACGUCUCUUGCAGAAGAUGGAAUAUGUACGUGCCGGAGACGUCAUGGAUCCAAACACAAACUUUGGCCCCUUGGUCAGCAAGACGCACUAUCAAAAAGUGCUCGAAUACAUCAAGCAUGGUGUAAACACCGACAAGGCAAAACUGAUCCAUGGCGGCUUCUCAAAGCCCUCCUUUGCAAACACAAACCCCGAAGGUUACUGGGUUGCCCCCACUAUCUUCACCUCCUGCACCGACGACAUGAAGAUCACGCGCGAGGAAAUCUUCGGCCCUGUCAUGUGUAUCCUGCCCUACUCUUCCGUUGAAGAAGUGGUAAAGCGCGCAAACGACACACCCAUGGGUUUGGCAGCAGGGGUGUUCGGCCAGGAUAUCAAUGCAGCACAUAAAAUUGUUUCGCAGUUGCAGGCGGGAAUCACUUGGAUCAAUACUUGGGGAGAGUCACCGGCUGAGAUGCCCGUGGGAGGGUGGAAGUUGAGUGGUGUGGGAGUGGAGAAUGGACGUAAAGGCUUGGAAGCUUGGGUGAAGAAUAAGAGUACGCUGGUUGAGAUGGGCGGGAUUGUGGGUACUGUGUUUGCUAAGCUGUAG